AUGUCGUUGUCGCUCAUACGCAGCUCUCUGCUCCGUCCCACGUGCCUCCGGACCCAGCACCUGCUGGGCCGAGCGUACUAUUCACCACGCCCAGAAGUCCACAGCAACAAGGGUGACGACUUCUUCAUCAUGGCUUCCUUCCCUGAUGACUUCGAGGCGCCAACCCUGAUCGAGAAACGUGACGUGAGCCCGGCCACAUGGGACGAACUCCACGCCACGCUGAGUGAGGCCUCGGUGAAAGCCGACCGAGGCGAAGUGAAAGCCCAACCCCCCAAGACUCCGCGCCAGGAUAUCGAGAAAUUCCUUCAACCGGACACCCUGGACCCGAAGAUUGAUGAGAUGUGA